AUGUCUAAAGAGCUAAAAGUUAACUCAACUAUCGACGUAGCUGCUCAAGCGUCGGACAUUGAAUCUUUGAACUUCUCCGAGUUCUCGAAAGAAGAUAUUGACGAGGCCAACGAAAUCUUUCAUCAUGAGAAUCGCCUCAGUUCCAAACUAAACGCCAGAUUGAUAUCUAUGAUUGCAUUGGUGGCAGUUAUUGGAACGGGAUUGUUUCUUUCAAGCGGUGGUACAUUGCACACCACCGGUCCAGUUGGCAUGCUCAUUUCGUACAUUUUUGUUGGAACUGUUGUUGCUGCGUCGCAAAUCUGUAUUGCUGAAGUGAGUUGCUUAUACCCCGCCACGUCCUCAUUUGUUGCCCAUGCUGAGCACUUUGUCGAUAAAUCGUUAGGAUUCUCCAUGGGUGUCAUUGAUAUCUACUCAGCUGUGAUACCAAGUGAACUUGCCGCCGUGUCCGUUAUAAUGACAUAUUGGUCUGACAUUAACCCUGCGUUGUGGAUUUCUAUAUUUGGGGUGCUAAUUGUUGCCAUCAACUGUUACAAUGUCAAGUGGUAUGGAGAAGUUGAGUUUGCCUUUGGCAUGUUGAAAAUCUUACUUUGUAUUGGUUUGAUAUUGGUUGGAUUGAUUAUUGACCUCGGAGGUGUUUCCGGACAGGAGAGACUUGGAUUCCAUUAUUGGAAACACCCGGGACCUUUUGCUGCCAAGUAUGCCACUGGCUCUUUGGGUAAAUUUUUGGGUUUCUGGAAGUCGGUGAACUCUGUGGUGUAUGCUUUUGGUAGUAUCCAGUCCAUUUCAAUGUUGGCAGGUGAGACUGCGUAUCCAAGGAGAGCUAUCUACAGGGCCGCUAAGAGAGUGUUUUACAGAGUGUUUUCGUUGUACAUCAUGAUGGUGUUUAUCUUAUCCAUGAUUGUGCCGUAUGACGACCCGGUGAUUGCAAAACCAAGUGGCACUGCUUCUGCUUCUCCAUGGGUGAGAGCUAUCUUGUUGGCUGGUAUUAGAGUGCUUCCACACAUCAUUAAUGCUGUUGUCUUGACAUCCGCGUUGUCUGCUGCUAACUUGGGGAUAAUCAAAGCCAGUAGGACAUUGUACGCUUUAGCUUCAAAGAGACAGUUGCCCAAGAUAUUUUUGAAAGUCAACAGGCACGGCUUGCCCUAUGUUGGUGUUACGUUUGCAUCCUGUUUUCUUCCGUUGGCUUAUUUGUCUGUAAGCAACACCUCAGCUAGCGUGUUCUCCUGGUUCCAGAACAUAUCGUCGUCGGCAAUAUUGUACAAUUGGAUUGUCAUUGCAGCCAACCACAUAGCGCUUCACCGGUCAUUAAAGGCACAAGGUUUUUCAAGAAAGGAUCUCCCGUAUACCUUUAUAGGCGGCAAAUACGCUGGAUUUUACUCGCUAUUUUUUUCCGUUAUUUUCUUGUUGACAGGCGGUUUCCCGGUAUUCAUUCACGGGUACUGGGAUUUUGCCACUUUUUUUAGUUCGUAUUUUGUGAUUCCGUUGGGGUUGGUGUUGUUCGUGUUUGCCAAAUUGGUUUUCAAAACGAGAUACAUCAGACCCAGCGAAGUCAAGUUAAAGCCGUUGUUCUACGAUGUUCAAAACAGGCCAGAGCCAGAUUUUGUCAAGUUGAAGGGUUGGAGAUGGCUCACAUUGUUGUGGGGCUAG